AUGUCACUAGAAGUUGAGAAACCACUGUGCAACGAGAUGACCAAACGGCUUGAGCGCCAAGACUCACUUAUUGGUGAUGCAGAGAAGGUCUCUAAUAUCAAAGGCCAUGGCUCCGAGGGAAACUGGACACAAGUACUGCAUCUUGCAUUUCAGAGCAUCGGCAUCAUUUAUGGGGAUGUUGGGACAUCGCCGCUCUAUUGUUACUCGAGCACCUUCCCUAACGGCGUCAAAGACAAGGAUGAUAUCUUGGGUGUCCUCUCGCUCAUCCUAUACACCCUCAUCCUUUUACCGAUGAUCAAGUAUGUCUUCAUCGUGCUCUAUGCAGAUGACAACGGAGAUGGUGGCACAUUUGCGCUCUACUCACUUAUAUCGCGGUAUUCAAAGAUAAGGCUGAUCCCAAACCAGCAGGCAGAGGAUUCAAUGGUGUCGAAUUACAGCAUAGAAUCACCAAGCUUAUCGCUGAAGAGGGCACAAUGGUUGAAGGAGAAGCUUGAGUCCAGCAAGGCAGCCAAGAUUGGCCUCUUCACCAUCACAAUCCUUGGCACAUCCAUGGUGAUGGGUGAUGGGACCUUGACACCAGCGAUUUCUGGUAGCAAAAUGCUCUCUGCAGUGAGCGGGAUCAAAGAGAAAGUGCCAAGUUUAACUGAAACACAGAUAGUCUGGAUCUCGGUGCCUAUUCUGUUCAUGCUCUUUUCAGUCCAGCGUUUUGGGACAGAUAAGGUCGGGUACUCCUUUGCUCCGAUCAUCUCGGUGUGGUUCGUUCUUAUUGCUGGCAUUGGAAUAUAUAACAUCAUAGUGUAUGAGAUCACUAUUCUCCGAGCCUUCAAUCCUAUGCACAUACUAUAUUACUUCGGAAGAAAUGGGAAGGAAGCAUGGAUUUCACUAGGAGGUGCUAUCUUGUGUGUUACAGGUACAGAGGGUAUGUAUGCGGACCUAGGGCAUUUCAAUAUCACGGCCAUUCAGAUAAGCUUUAGUGGUGUCUUGUUCCCUUCGGUGGCACUAUGUUACAUGGGGCAAGCAGCAUAUCUGAGGAAAUUCCCAGAGAAUGUUGCAGACACCUUCUACAGAUCUCUCCCAGCACCAAUGUUCUGGCCAACCUUCACCGUUGCCAUUCUUUCGGCUAUAAUUGCAAGCCAAGCUAUGCUCUCUGGCGCAUUCGCUAUCCUGUCCAAGGCCCUAUCUCUUGGUUGCUUCCCGAGGGUUCGGGUUAUCCAUACCUCCAAGCAUCACCAGGGGCAGGUGUACAUUCCUGAAGUGAAUUUUCUGAUGGGACUGGCUAGUGUUAUAAUCACGAUCACCUUCAGAACUACCACCGAAAUCGGGAAUGCUUAUGGGAUCUGUGUCGUGACCGUCUUCUCAAUCACCACCCAUUUGAUGACUAUCGUGAUGUUGCUCGUGUGGAAGAAAAACAUCAUCUUCAUCUUGUUGUUUUACGUUGUGUUUAGUUCCAUAGAGUGGAUCUACCUGUCUUCAAUACUGUCAAAGUUCAUCCAGGGCGGGUACCUGCCAUUCUGCUUCGCGCUUGUCCUGAUGGCCCUAAUGGUAACAUGGCACUAUGUGCAUGUCAUGAAGUACUGGUACGAGCUUGACCACAUCGUCCCCAUUGAUGAGGUGACGGCACUGCUUGAGAAGCAUAAUGUGCAGCGGAUCCCUGGGGUGGGCAUCUUGUACUCGGAGCUGGUGCAAGGUAUUCCCCCGGUGUUCCUGCGGUUGGUGGAGAAAAUUCCAUCUGUGCACUCUAUCUUUUUGUUCAUGUCGAUCAAGCACCUACCCAUCCCUCAUGUGGCACCUGCGGAGCGGUUCGUCUUCCGGCAGGUUGGUCCAAGGGAGCAUCGGAUGUUCCGGUGUGUCGCACGGUAUGGUUACAGUGAUGGGGUAGAGGAUUCAGGACAGUUCGCCAGGUUCCUAGCGGAGAGGUUGAAGAUGUUCAUCGAAGAUGAGAAUGCAUUUGCAGUGGAGAAACCAGAAAAAGAGGAUACUGACUCUCCAAGCGGGGUUUCGGAAGGUCAGACGAAGCCUAGGAAGUCCGCACGAUCUGUACACAGCGAGGAGGUGAUAGAGCCGCCAAUGAGCAACCAUGUAGGGAGGAUUAGUUCCUAUUCUCUUCAGAAGAUUGAGGAGGAGAAGCAGCUGAUUGACGCAGAGAUGAAGCGAGGGGUGGUUUAUCUGAUGGGGUCAGCCAAUGUGAUAGCAGGACCUGAAUCACCCACCUUGAAGGUGGUCGUGGUAGACUAUGUGUAUUCAUUCUUGAGAAGGAACUUGGCAGAGGGUCACAAAGUGUUGUCCAUUCCUAAAGAUCAGCUGCUCAAAGUUGGGAUCACAUAUGAGAUAUAG